AUGGCUUACAUGAGCUGCCCGACUGUGAGGGAACUGAAGAAAUUCGAGCACGAGCAUCCCCACCACCAAUCCGUCGAGGAAGCUAUACACUUUUUCAGAUUUUUGACAGCUGCAAUUGGAGAAAAUCGCACCACGUUGUCAUAUGUAGCUUUCACCGCCGCUGCUAGGAAUCAAGUGACUAAUAAUCCCUUAAACACUGUAUUCGAUGCAAAGAGGCUGAUUGGCCGUAAAUUCAAUGAUCCAACGGUUCAGAGUGACAUGAAACUAUGGCCAUUCAAGGUCAUUCCUCACCCCACCGACAUCAACAAGCCUAUGAUAGUAGUGUCGUACAAAGGAGAGGAGAAGCAGUUUUCAGCUGAGGAGAUCUCUUCAAUGGUGCUAUCUAAGAUGAAGGAUAUCGCCGAGGCCUAUCUUGGAUCGUUUGUGAAGAAUGAUGUCGUCACCGUGCCUGCCUAUUUCAACGACUCUCAGCGUCAGGCCACCAUGAUCAUGGAAGUUAUAACAGAAUUGGAAUUAGCUCAACAUUCGGUUAUCAGCUUAAAUAUUCAGUUUUAA